GUUACCAACCAGAUUUUCCCAGUUUGGACAUACUCCUACCUCGCACUCCUUUUCCCAGUCUUCCUGAUUACAGACUACGUGCGCUACAAGCCCGUCCUCCUCCUCCAGGGCGUCAGCUUCAUCGUCACAUGGCUCUUGCUCCUCUUCGCACACGGACUGGUGGCCAUGCAGGUGGUGGAAUUCUUCUACGGGAUGGUGACAGCCACCGAGGUUGCCUAUUACGCCUACAUCUACAGUGUCGUCAGCACCGAUCACUAUCAGAGAGUGACGAGCUAUUGCAGAAGUAUCACUCUGGUUGCAGCCACCGUUGCCGCCGUCCUGGGACAGCUGCUGGUUUCCUUAGCAGAUGUAUCCUACUUCCACCUUAAUGCCAUUACAUUGGCUUCCGUGUCCCUGGCAUUCGUGUGCUCCUUUUUCCUCCCAAUGCCUCAAAAGAGUAUGUUCUUCCACCGGAAAGAUGUCUCAGAAACUCUCCCAGGACCAGAUAAAGUUGUGGCUACGCUCGGCUCCGACGGCCCGUGGGGCUGCCAAGAGGACAAGAGCUCUGUGUCUGCUGACAGGGGACCAACUCCUGAACCGCAGGCUGACAACGCCAAGCCCCAGCACCACGUGCUCAGAGUGCUGGUGCAGCUGAGCAAGGACUUGAGGGAUUGCUACAGCUCGAGGAAACUUCUGUACUGGUCUCUGUGGUGGGCUCUGGCUACAGCAGGCUUUAACCAGGUCCUGAAUUACAUCCAGGUGCUGUGGGACUUCAGAGCCCCCUCUCACAGCUCAGCAGUGUACAACGGAGCUGUUGAAGCAAUAGCG